CUACUCUCACUCUCACCUCCAACGCUCUUCUCAAUUCUCCUCCCUCUCCUUCCCCUGCUUCCACUCUCCAUCCCUCUACGCCGAUAGCCACGAUGACCAUCUCCGCCAAUGCCGAAACGCCCUUCAAGGUCUUCGUGGGGUACGACACCCGCGAGGACGUGGCCUUCGAGGUGUGCCGCCACUCCCUCCUCAAGCACUCGUCGGUCCCCGUGGAGGUGAUCCCGUUGAAGCAAUCCGAGCUGCGGGCCGCGGGGCUCUACAAGCGCGAGCGCGACCCAACCGAGAGCACCGAGUUCUCCUUCACCCGCUUCCUCACCCCCUACCUCGCGGGCUACCAAGGGUGGGCCAUGUUCGUGGACUGCGACUUCCUCUACACCGCCGACAUCAAGGGCCUCAUCGACCUCAUCGACGACCAAUACGCCGUCAUGUGCGUCCACCACGACUACUCCCCCAAGGACGCUCUCAAGAUGGACGGGGUGGUCCAGACGGCGUACCCUCGCAAGAACUGGUCCUCCAUGGUCCUCUACAACUGUGGCCACCCCAAGAACCGGGUGCUCACGCCGGAGCUCGUCAGCUCCCAGACCGGAGCUUUCCUCCACCGCUUCAUGUGGCUCGACGACUCCGACAUCGGCGCCGUCCCUUUCGUCUGGAACUUCCUCGUGGGCCACAACAAAGUCGACGACGGGGACCCCGACACGUUCCCGAAGGCUAUUCACUACACUCUCGGGGGCCCCUGGUUCCGCGACUACAAGGACUGCGACUUCGCCGACCUCUGGGUCAAGGGGCUGGAGGAGGCGCAGAAGGCCAACAAUUUGAUUACGGUUUGAGCUCCAACGUGGUGAAGGCGUAAUUACGACUAUAUAUAUAUUAUGACUAGUAUUAUUACUGCUGCUACCAGUAUUAUUAUUAUUAUUAUUAUGAAGUUUUCUCAUGAGAAUCUCAUCGAUGUUGUCACGUCUCUUAUUCUACUUCUUGCAAGAAGUUGUGCGCUAGCUCUCGAUCGGUUUCUUUUAAGUUGUUGUAUGUGCUGGGUCCUAUUCUCUGUGCAAUCAACAUUCAUGUACUUGGGUUCGUGUAAUAACCGCAUGCAAUAAUUAUGAGAAUAUGCAUUACAUUAGC